GAAAAGGACUGAACAACAGGCUCAACACACACAUGCACGCGCACGCAUAAGCACAUACACACCAUCUCUCCAGCGUGUUGAUUUAUGGAAACAAUUAUAAUUCUGGUGGAGUCUUUCUGAGCUGAGAAGUUUGUAGCUACAGUAGAGUGUCUCAUGUUGCAAAAAGCAGACAACAGAAAUGGAGUACUUGGGUAUUCAGCUCUUAUCAACAGGAACAAAUCUUUUACUUUCAGUGCAAGCAGCAAAUUCAAGUAGUACAGAAGGUCAUGACAACAAAGGUUUUCAUAACUUGUGUCUUUAAAGGAUAUUCUGACUGAAGAGAUAUUUAAGAAGCUCUUCUAUUUCGCCAUUAACUAUUAAGGAAUAACGAUCAGAAUUCUAGAAGAGGGAACAAUCUCAUUUAAAUGAAUCUGUAACUCGUAAAGACAGAAGGCAGGUCGGUGACCUAAGAGCAACAGUCUACUUGAGAUUUAAUUUUCAUUAUGUUGUUCAUGAACACCCAGAACACUGCACUAUAAUGCACAAAUGGAUACUGACAUGGAUCCUGCCAAUUUUGCUCUACAGAUCAUACUUUUACAUUAUCUUUCUAAUGGGCACUAUAUCUUUAGCUUGCAAUGACAUGACUCCAGAGCAAAUGGCUACAAAUGUGAACUGUUCCAGCCCUGAGCGACAUACCAGAAGCUAUGAUUAUAUGGAAGGGGGGGAUGUAAGAGUGAGAAGACUUUUCUGUCGAACUCAGUGGUAUAUGAGGAUUGAUAAACGAGGCAAAGUAAAGGGGACAAGAGAAGCAAACAACAACUACAGUAUUCUAGAAAUCCGAACAGUGGCAGUUGGAAUAGUGGCAAUCAAAGGAGUGGAAAGUGAAUACUUUCUGGCAAUGAACAAGUCAGGAAGACUCUAUGGGAAGAAAGUAUGCAAUGAGGACUGCAACUUCAUAGAACUGAUUGAAGAAAAUCAUUAUAAUACAUAUGCUUCUGCAAAAUGGACACACAAAGGAAAGGAGAUGUUUGUUACAUUAAACCACAAAGGGGUCCCCAUGAAAGGUAAAAAAACAAAGAAAGAACAUAGAGCAUCCCACUUUCUUCCUCUGGCAAUAUCCUAAUCACAAAUGAUCUAUAAAGAACUAGUUCCAGCAGGAAGAUUAUUUUUAAGAAGACUAUUUGACAAGAUAUCAAGAGAGGCUGGAAUACUACUGAGAAACUGAACAAGCUGGACUUGCGCAUUUAUGUUUAUUUUUAAGAGACUACAUGAAAAAGAUUUGAAAAUAUACACAAAACCAGAUUUACUAACUAAAAGUUGUAAAAAAUUCUAAAGAGUUGUACAAUCAUUAUCUUAGUCAUUGUAACUGGGUAGUUUCUUAAAUUAAUUUACCCUGAAGAAUAAGUCAUUACUUGAUUAUCUGAUAAUAUUUUAUUUAAAAAAUCCUAUCUGCUUCUUAAAUAUGGCUGCUAUAAUAAUAAUAAGCAGAUGAUAAUGUUGUGUAAAAUAUGUCAGACUUUAAGGCUGCUGGAAUGAGUUGUCAGAUUAUCAAGUCAAUAGUAAAUGUGGAGGCUGAGCAGUAUUUUAAAUACUUCCCCUGAGAAACUGAUAUCCUAUACAUAAACUAUAUGAUCAGAAAAAAAAAAUAUAAUCUUGUAAAUGUUUAUUGUUUGUAUUCAGAUAAAAGAGUUAGUUUGGAAAAAUUAAGUUUACUCUACUACAAAAUGUUCCUAUCUAUUAAAGAAACAAAUACCUAAUGCUGCUCUAAGAGAUGUUUCAAAUAGUGUAUGUAAAAUAAGAAUAGGAAUAAAUAAUGUACUUCAUCUCACUUUUCACAAAUUAACAUUUUAUAUAGUGAUGAAGGAAAAAUUCAGACAUAUUAAGGUUUUUUAUGUAACAUAUCCUAUCUUUUGUAUAAUUCCUGUUAGGGCAUACAGCUUUCAAUAUUGUUUUUCCAUCCUUAUACAUGCUUUUUCUGUUGU